UCUCUCUUUCUGAACUCUCGAAUCGCAGUAUCAAAGAAUGGGCGGUGCUCCAAGUCGCGAGGGUCAUAUCUCGGACUCCGAUGAAGAGGAGGAGGAGGAAGAAGAAUACGAAGAAGAAGGAAAUGACGAAGAAAAGGAGGAGAAUCAGAGAUCUUCAGCAAGCAAAGGCGAAAACCUAAGUUCUCUGGACGAGGUCGACUCGAGGCUUAAAGCCUUAAAGCUCAAGUAUUCCUCCCCAAGUCCUAGAGUGAAGCUCUAUCUUCACAUCGGCGGCAACACCCCUAACGCCAAAUGGAUCCUUUCGGAGAAAUUCGCCUCCUACUCCUUCGUCAAGACCUCCCGCGUCGAUGGCAGCGAAGCAGACGACGACGACGAAGGCGAAGAAGGAGAAUCCAGCAGCGGUGGAAAGGGGUGGUGGGUCCUGAAAGUUAGUUCCAAAGUUCGAGCAAAGAUCGGCAGAGAAAUAAAUUUGAAGCAGUUCGACAGCCAACGUCGCGUGGAUUUCGUCUGUCAGGCUGUAUGGGCGAUGAAGUUCUCCACUGACGAAGACUAUAAGAACUUCGUCUCCAAAUACCAGGAUUGCUUGUUUGAGAACACUUUCGGUCUUCAGGGUAAUGAUGAGAACAAAGUUAAGGUUGUCGGAAAGGAGUUUAUUGGCUGGAUGAAGCCCGAAGCAGCCGACGAUUCCAUUUGGGAGGACACUGAAGACAGUUUCGCUAAAAGCCCUGCCUCGGUGACGCCCGUGCGUGCUAGUCAGGAUCUGCUGGAAGAAUUUGAGGAGGUGGCUGAGGAGGGUGGGAUUCAGAGCUUAGCUUUGGGUGCUCUGGACAAUAGCUUCCUUGUGGGUAAUUCUGGGAUCCAGGUGGUCAAGAAUUUCAGUCAUGGGAUCCAUGGGAAAGGUGUUUCGGUCAGGUUUGAGAAUGACUCUGCCAGAGGUGCUUCUAGUUUAGGAUUUUCAACACCGAAGAAAGCCCUUCUCAUGAGGGCCGAGACUAAUAUGCUUCUAAUGAGCCCAAUGGAUGCCAGUACCGCCAGUCGAACGGGGCUUCAUCAACUCGAUAUUGAAACAGGGAAGAUCGUUACUGAAUGGAAGUUUGAAAAGGAUGGGACGGAUAUUAGCAUGAGAGACAUCACCAAUGAUAGUAAGGGGGCUCAGUUGGAUCCUUCUGAGUCAACAUUCUUGGGCUUGAACAAGAACACACUCUGUCGGUGGGAUAUGCGUGAUCGGAAAGGGAUGGUUCAAAACAUUGCAAACGCAAACACCCCUGUCCUACAUUGGACCGAAGGGCAUAUGUUCCAGAGGCCAAACUUUUGUUGCUUCGCAUCCACUGGUGAUGGCUCGAUAGUUGUUGGUUCUGAAGAUGGGAAGAUCCGGUUGUAUUCAACGAGAACCAUGAGACAGGCAAAAACUGCAUUUCCAGGUCUUGGUUCUCCCAUUACCCAUGUGGAUGUUACUUUUGAUGGCAAGUGGAUUUUGGGCACAACAGAUAACUACCUGAUUCUUAUUUGCACACUUUUCACGGACAAGGAUGGAAAGACAAAGACUGGUUUUACUAGUCGUAUGGGAAAUAAAAUUCCGGCUCCAAGAUUGUUGAAGCUGACACCGUUGGAUUCUCAUUUGGCUGGGUCGAAUAAUAAGUUCCAUGGAGGACAGUUCUCAUGGGUUACCGAGAAUGGCAAACAGGAGCGCCACCUAGUUGCAACAGUUGGAAAGUUCAGUGUAAUAUGGAACUUUCAGCAAGUAAAGAACAGUGCACAUGAGUGCUACCAGAACCAGGAAGGCCUCAAGAGCUGCUACUGCUACAAAAUCGUCUUGAAAGAUGAGUCCAUUGUUGACAGCCGCUUCAUGCAUGACAAAUUUGCUGUUAGUGACUCACCUGAGGCUCCGUUGGUGGUUGCAACCCCAAUGAAAGUCAGCUCCUUCAGCAUAUCGAGCAAGCGAUGACAGUGUUGAAUAAUUCAUGGUUAAAUGUGUUUGCAUUCUCGACUGACUUAUUUGUAUGUGGCAAUUGGCCAAAUGCUACAUUUGGACCAUUUGAUUGUGUUAGGCUUUCAUUUUCUGUUUAUGUAAUUGCAUUAGAUGACUGACAUUUCCUGAUUGUCUAAAUGGAAUUCCAUCUGCUUGUUAUUGAGCA